UAGAAGUUCCCUGCGACUAGUCACAAUAAUUUUGCUAGGCACCUACAUCAUUUCGUAACAAUGAUUUCGUACCUGACCAAUUUGCUGUUUGACUACAUCGUCCUGAGCUUGAUUAUUGUUUGUACGUUCCUUUACUAUUAUACGACGUCGACGUACGGCACAUGGAAGAAAUUAAAUGUGCCAUUCUCGAAGCCGGUGCCCUUUUUCGGGAACAUAUUCAAAAUGUUUACGGGCUUAGAGCACCAAGUGGACGCGUUCGGACGGAUUUAUAAACAGUUCCCCAAUGAAAAAUAUUGCGGUUUCUAUCAGAUGAGCACACCGUUUUUGAUGCUUCGCGAUCCAGAGCUGAUCAACACGGUGAUCAUCAAAGACUUUUCGUAUUUCACUGACCACGGUAUUGAUAUGAAUCCUUCGGUGAACGUGAUGGCCAGAAGUUUGUUCUUUGCGACCGGACAAAAAUGGAAAACGAUGAGACAAAAACUGAGUCCGGGAUUCACUUCCGGUAAGCUCAAAGGUACGCACGAACAGAUCCRAGAGUGCAGCGAUCAGUUGACGAACUGCAUUCACGAUAAAUCCAAAGAAACCGACGCCAUUGAAGUGUACGAACUCAUCGGCAAUUUAGCCACCGAUGUGAUUGGUACGUGCGCUUUCGGUAUGAAAUUGGACACAAUUAAUAACGAUAAUUCGAGCUUUAGACAAAACGUGAAGAAAGUGUUCAAACCAAGCGGUAAAGUGAUUUUCGCUCAGAUACUCGGAGUACUUUUUCCGAAAAUCGUAAAGUUCUUAAAACUUCAAACAUCUCCGGUCGACGUAGAUGCUGUAAAUUUUUUUCAUUCGGUUUUUGGCGAAGUCAUCGAGUACAGGACCAAAAAUGACGUGGUUAGGAAUGACCUAACACAAACUUUAAUGAAAGCGAGACAGGAUUUGGUGRUAAACAGUGACUACAAGGGAGAAGGUAAGACUACAGGUUUUUAA